AUGUCCCAUCCCAUUCGUCGCUCUAGCCUCGGUGGAAUGUUGUUGCGUCGCAGCAAGAGCGCCGACUUGAAGAAGCAGCAGAAGCUGGCCCGGGAGCAGGAGCUCCAGCGCCAGCGUGAUGCUGUUUCCAAGUCCCCGCCACGCCUGCCGGUCUUGUACAAUGGGGCCCCUGCGCCUCAGUUAGGUCUCGGUGGUGAGGCCCGCCCCGACUCGAUCGCUAUCGUUUCUGGCAGAGCCGGGUAUGCUCCUGCUCCCUCGGCCGGCCCCCCCGCCGACGCCGCUGCUUUCGCUACUCCUGCCCCACGCCCUUCCGUGGAGCCAGCUCGCUCGAACUUCAGCAUCCCCCCUCCUCCUAUUCCCAACGGUGGCUUCGACCCUUACGCUGGCACUGGGAGCAUGGCACAUCGCGGUCGCUACAGUUAUGCCAGCAGCGCCAUGAGUACCAUCAACAGCCCCAGAAGAGUCAGGAGGAGGAAAGAUCCUACUCCUUUCAACAUUCUCGUCAUUGGUACCUCCAAUUCCGGCAAGUCAUCGUUUCUCGAGUUCCUCAAGGCCGCACUUGCUCUCCCGGCCAAGAAGCGCUCCAAAAGCACCAUCGAACACGAAGAGAUCCCCAAGCCACCGCCGUCCGGGAACUUCAUUCCCCAUUACUUGGAGACCGAAAUCGACAAUGAGCGUAUUGGUUUGACCCUGUGGGACUCGGAAGGGCUGGAGAAGAAUGUGGUGGACUUGCAGCUCCGAGAGAUGUCGGGCUUCCUCGAGAGCAAAUUCGAGGAGACGUUUGCCGAGGAGAUGAAGGUUGUGAGAGCCCCUGGUGUACAAGAUACCCACAUUCAUGCCGUCUUCCUGGUCCUCGACCCGGCACGACUCGACCGGAAUGUCGCCGCGGCCAAGGCAGCCGGUGCCAACGGUCACGUCAACGGCGGCAAGCAUUUUCCCCAUGCACGCAUCUUGGGCAGCCUUGACGAGGACCUCGAUCUCCAGGUGCUCCGAACUCUUCAGGGCAAGACCGCUGUCAUUCCAGUCAUUGCCAAAGCCGACACCAUCACAACCAAGCACAUGAAUGUGCUUAAGAGGUCGGUCUGGGACAGUCUCAAGAAAGCCAAUCUCGAUCCCCUGGAGGCUCUGGGCUUGGAUGCCGAUGACGACGAGUCAACUCCUGAUUCGAGCAAGAUUCUUGAGGAAGACGAGGAUGAAGAAGAGCAUCCAUCAUCGAACAGCGAGGCUGAGGGAAGCACGGACGGCCAAAGCCUACCUAUUCAGGGACAGAGCCCGUUUCCCAAUUCCAAGAGGCUCUCCAAUGGCUCUGUCCGCCGAAGCAAGACAGAAGACACCCUAAAGGACGACGAAGUGCCCUUCUUCCCCAUGUCGAUAAUCAGUCCUGACAUCUACGAACCCGAAGUGGUCGGACGCCAGUUCCCAUGGGGCUUUGCCGACCCAUACAAUGAGGAACACUGCGACUUUGUUCGUCUGAAGGAGGCUGUGUUCAGCGAGUGGCGCGGCGAACUUCGCGAGCUCAGCAGGGAACAAUGGUACGAGGGCUGGAGAACCAGUAGGCUCAAACAACGAGAUGGGGCGAAGCUUCGCAGAUAG